AUGGCUCGCUUCUUCCAACGCCGGCGCAAGCAGGUUUCGUCCAUGGAGGAGCCUGCCGCCCCCAGCGACGAGGAGCCCAUCCAGUCGACCCUGUCCUCUGCCACUGACGAGGAUUCCUUCCUGUGGACCUGGAGCCUGUCAUCUGCCACUGACGAGGAGUUCAUCCAGCCGACCCCGUCCUCCGCCAGCCACGAGUUCUCGUUUCCAGAGCGACAGAAGCGCCCGAGCCGUCUGCGCCGGUCCCUGCACAAACUCUGGACACGGGUAGUCACUCGCCUGCGCGGUGCCGCCCGCCCCGAGACGCCGCCGCCGCCGCCGCCGUCGCCGCUCCAGGCGUCGACGCGGGAAGCACGGAUGACGACAGAGUCGUUCCAAAGGCUCCGGGAAAUCAUGCCGGUCUGUGUGGUCCAGGUCAGCGACGCGGGCUACCGACCCAGCGAUCCUGGUGACCCCGGCUACUACACACAUCGGCCCACUGCCGCGCCCCUACCCCUGUGGUCCCGGCCGAGGCCACCGGCGCCGGCCCCGGCCCCGACGUCGCCCUCGAACUCCUUCUACGGGCACCUUCGCGCCUCGCAGUCCGCAUCUGACCAUGACGGCUUCAGCAUAGUCAGCAGCAUCAGCGACAACGGCUACUUCUCCGUCGCUAUGCCGGGCACCCCGCUUGAGCCCGAGAACCGCGCCUCGUUCUACCCCAGCGACGAGGAGGCGGAGGAGUCGCCAGCCGUGAGUGGACCGUCGACCUUCUACAGCCACGACUACGCCUCACGGUCCGUGUCGGACUAUAACGGCCCUAGCAUCGUUAGCAGUAUUGAUAAUAGUAGUAUCCUCCCCGCCGCUCGGCAGGCCACCCCGUUCGAUCCCCAGAACAAUCCCUUUCUCUACUUUAAUGCCGAGGAGGAGGAGUCGCCAGCUAUGAACGGACCAUCGACGGACGCGUACGCGCAGGACCUUGCUGGCGUCGGCGGCUUCUACGGGCACGACUACGCCUCGCGGCCCGUAUCGGACUAUGGCGGCCCCAACCUCGCCAGGAGCAUCAGCAACAAUAGCAUCCUCUCCACCGUCCGGCCAAGCACCCCGGUCGAGCGCGAGAACCGUGCCUGUUUCAACCCCGGCGAGAGCAGACCGUCGAUGGACCCGCACGCGCAGUACCUCGCCGGCGUCGGCGGCUCCUACGAGCACGACUGCGCCUCGCGGUCCGUGUCGGAUUAUGACGGCCCCAGCCUCGUCAGCAGCAACAACACCAUCCGCUCGACCCUCCGGCCGGCUACCCCGGGCGCGCCCGAGGGCCGUGGUUGGUUUUACUGCCGGGAGAGCGGAGCGCCGACGGACGCGCGCGCGCACGACCUCCCGCCGCUGGAGCGCCAGCGCUCUGCGUCCAUCCCCACGAUACCCAUGCUCGCCCAGACUUACCGCCUGCCGAAUGGCGGCUCGCCGGCGGCGACAGCGACUCUUGAGUUGUACGACCCGUUUGAUGAGAGCGCUGGUCCCGGGGCUAUUCCCCUGUGCGAUCUGCACCAUCCGAUUCCCGUUCGCGGUCGUAGGGGCCCAUGGAUCAAGUUCCUGCCUGGAUACAUGCACCCUGUGUAA